UGCUAAUAUUCACUGGAAAACUCUCUCUCUCUCUCUCUCUCUCUCUGCAGUUUUCUGGUUUCAACCACGGUUUUUGAAAAUUCAGUUCUCCAUUCAUAAUCGCCUCUGCAUUGUUUACCUGAGACGAAGUUGAGUAUGGGAGGAGCUUAUUGCAAUGGUGACCUUACUUUUUCUCCAAAUUACGAUUUCGCCUCUUCACAAGAUCUGAGAUUCUCCAAGCAAGUCCACGACAAUGUCCAUGGCAAUAUUUAUCUUGAUCCGAUCUUUUUGAAGUUUAUAGAUACUGAACAGUUUCAGAGGCUUCGUGACCUUAAACAACUUGGUAUGGCACACAUGGUUUAUCCUGGAGCUGUACAUUCUAGGUUUGAACAUUCUCUUGGGGUGUAUUGGCUUGCUGGUGAAGCUGUUCACAAACUUAAAGCCCACCAAGGCUUGGAGCUUGGUAUUGAUCGCUUUGAUAUACAGACAGUUAAACUUGCGGGACUCCUGCAUGAUGUAGGCCAUGGGCCUUUCAGUCAUUUGUUUGAAAGGGAGUUUCUUCCUCGUGUUCUCAACGGUUCCAAAUGGUCUCAUGAGCAAAUGUCAGUGGAGAUGAUUGACUAUAUUGUUGAUGAGCACCAUAUUGAAAUUGACGCUGAUCCUAUCAAGAGAGUUAAGGAGAUGGUACUUGCUAGCUCUGAAUUUGCUCAGCCAAAGAGCAGAAGGGAAAAGCAUUUUUUGUACGAUAUUGUUGCAAAUGGUCGAAAUGGAAUUGAUGUUGACAAGUUUGAUUACAUUGCCCGUGACUGCCGAGCUUGUGGUCUAGGAUGCAACUUCCAGUUUCAGAGGUUAAUGGAAACAAUGCGUGUUUUGGGUGAUGAGAUAUGCUAUCGUGCUAAGGAUUAUCUUACAGUCCACAAGUUAUUUGCCACUCGUGCUGAUCUGUAUAGAACGGUCUAUGCUCAUGCAAAAGUAAAGGCAAUAGAGCUGAUGGUUGUAGAUGCCCUGAUGAAAGCAAAUGAUUAUCUAGACAUAGCAUCUCAUGUCCAUGAUCCUUCUCAAUAUUGGAAGUUAGAUGACACCAUUAUAAAAACAAUUGAGACAGCUCCAGACCAAGAGUUAAGGGAAUCUAGGGAUUUGAUCCUCCGCAUUCGUAGGAGAGAUUUGUAUCAGUUUUGCAAUGAAUAUGCUGUUCCUAGAGACAAAGUGGAAAAUUUUAAAGAUGUCACUGCACAAGAUAUUGUUUGUUCUCAGAAAUCUGGCGGGUUGAUACUAAGAGAAGAGGAUAUUGCUGUUAGCAAUGUAAAGAUUGAUUUGACUCGUGGAAGGCGUAAUCCUCUUGAAAACAUCAACUUUUUCAAGGAUUAUGAGAGCGAGGAGAAAUUCUCUAUUGCUGAUGAUCGCAUUAGCCACUUGCUGCCAACAUCUUAUCAAGAUAUGAUAGUGAGAGUGUACUCCAAAAAGCCUGAACUGGUUGGAGAGAUUUCGAAGGCUUUUGAAAAUUUUCAGUUAAAGACAUAUGGGAUCAAAGCACAGGUACAUGCAACUCCUGAAAAGAAGAAACGCCGAAUAUGAGAAUGUGUUUUCCUGAAGAAGAAGUAGACCAAGGCAGACAAGACGAUAAUGGACAGUGUCAAGGCCACAAUAAGUAGGGCCCACUGAAGUCACGGUUCCAACAGAGCAGAAGACCUUCCCUCAGGAGAGAAGCAUGAGGUAUGAUCUUGUUUCAUAGUCAUUGUCAUUGCCCGAAGCUACUAAAAUUAGACCUCAAUAAUAAUAUCUAGAUCAUGUUGUGCUUAUCCAACGACUUCAAGAACCUGGCUUACCACCCAAUGGAUAAGAAUUUAAUUUUUCUUGUUUAAUACUUGAGUUUAAGUCUUCACAAUUAUAUUAGUUUGGUGGAGUUAAAUUUAUUCUUUAGCAUUCAAAACACGCGGUGAAACCUUAAUUUUCGGUCUCGAUGUAGGUACGGUAAGAUCUUUUGCAGAUAAUUGUAUGGUGUUGAGGGUAGUGAUCCCUAAUUCAUAUGUAGUGUG